GUUCUAGGGAAAGAAUCAGGUGAGGGAGGCUCUGAAUAUCAAAGAUACGAUUGGGAUUUGGGAGAGACAAUCAUCAUAAUCAUGUGAAAGUUCUUGUAUGUGCAGCGUGUGAGAAACCCAGAUCCGGUGUAUUCUUUAAAGAUGGGCAAAAAGAGGAAAUCUGUAGCCACAAGUCUCGAUGAGGUUGAUCGAACUAUGUAUUCUUCUUUUUGUAGUGCCGCUAACUCCCUUUCUCAGCUCUACACUCAAGCGAUGCACCAGCAAAAACUUACCUUCCAAGCCGGUGAACGCCAUGGGCUGGAAAAACUUUAUCAAUUGAUUUUGAGACAACAGGAGGGAGGAUCAAGAGUGAACAGUAGAGACAUACUAUGCUACCUGCAGACUGAACUAGACUAUCACGGGGAGGAGCCAUCAAUGUCUCCUAGAGGAGGACCCGGACAGAAUCAGAAUUCACAACAACCAUCUAUCAAUAUAACAAACCCUAGUUUCCUAGUUUCUUCAGGUUCAUCCGUUCCUACAAAUCAUGGACAUGGAUUUCGAUCUGACCAUAACAGUAAUGAUCAACACCCCAAGAACUGUGUUUUCUCCAAUGCCUUAUCCAGCCCUGUUCGUCGAAGUCUUCAGAACUAUCACACCACCAACAACAAUCCAAAUGGAUUCCAAAGCGAGAACCGAGAUUCUAACCCCAGCAACUCAAACGAUUCCUCCAUGGAUAUGCAUGCGGAGGAUUAGUCCAAGGCAUUACCAUAAAGGUUUGAGUUCCAUAACUUCAUUCAUCUUUUAAACCAAUUGUUUUAUUAUCAUUUGAAUAGCAAAGAGAAAAUGCUGAAGCUUGUUGGACAACAACAAAAAAAAGAAAAAAAUAUACAAGAGAUAUAAACUUUUUUUUUCUUUGGUGGGUGUUGUCUUUCUUUCUCAACAUUAUUACAUGCUAUAUAGACCUUUGAAGUGUGUGUUAUAUUAUUCA